AUGGCUACGACACCCAAAGCAGAAAGACUCAAGGCACAGGAAGGCCGAAAUCUUUCCGCUGAUGUCGACGGCAAUCUCCCUUCAUACACACAGAGUCCCUCGAAAGACGACCAGCUUCCCCCAGAAACGCUUCUCCUUGCCGGCGGCGCCAUACAUAGCACAUCUAGGCCAGCCUCUUGCUCUACUCCUCUAUACAAACUCUCCAUUGAUAUUAGCUUUUUACGCAAGAACAACACGAAAGUUGAGCUGUCUCGCUGCGAGAAUCGUAUCCACAACCGCGAUACCACGGGCUCUCCAGUAGUGAGCGCCUGA